AUGCCCCAAAAUACAGUACAGAGUAAUUCUCAACGAAGCCUUUGAGAGACCUCUAUUAGAUGACACAAUUCACCGGGUGCGCGCUACGGGAUUUGGAUGCCUUUUUUAAGAGACAUAAGCUCUCAGGGCAAAAAGAGUAAGGGAACGGAGAAGCGGGGUUUUGAGGGUACCUUUAUUAAAAAUAGAAACUUGAUUCUCCAGGGAUCAAAAGGUCAUUCCAAGGGUCGGGAAACAUGGUAGCCUUCCGUACCUGGAUCACCGAUGGUGGACAUGGACACCUUCGAUUGAUUUCCAGACCACCAGCCAAAAGAGCAGAGCGCGGUUCCUGUGCUGUCUGGGAGGCGGCGGCUGCGUUGAUUCCCCGCACUUCGACGCCCCAAGGACGGCCGAGCACGUGACAGUGGCGCGUGGACUCCGCCCCAACCCCUCACCUUUAUCGCAGCUUCUCCGCUCAACUGCAGGGGAAGCUGGGGAGAAGGAUUCAGCAAAUCGAGAUAAGAAAAUGGACGAGACUCGCACCGCUUCGGGGAAAGUUAAGAAGAAACGUACAACGGCCAAUCGCAAAAAUCUGACUUGCGAAUACUGCAGCAGGCCGUUUGCGCGCCUGGAACAUCUCCAACGACAUCUCCGCACACAUACAAAGGAAAAGCCCUUUUCCUGUGAAAUAUGCUCCAAGAGCUUUGCUAGAAGUGACCUCCUGGUGCGCCACGAACGCUUGGUUCAUCCGGCCGAAGCUGCAGCUGCCAGGGGCCAGAGCCGGCCCGCCGCAACCGCAAUUGAGAUCCCUACGACGCCUGCUUCCGCCCCUCUAUCUACGGGACCGUCCGCUCCGCCCCCGGCCCCUUCCCAUGACCACCGCCUUCUAGACCUGUCGGAUCGUUUGAACAUCCAACCUCCCGCCGUGUCUCGAUCGGAUAUAUCAGAAGCCACUCCGCAGAUAAUAGAUCAAUCUCAAUAUAAUCCGUCGUGGGGAUACGAUCUGAAUUUACUCUCUCAUGCUGCUAGCCAUGUCGCACUUGAGGGUCAGCAAGAGCAAAUGGUCCAGGUUCGAAAAUCAGCAUCGAAUGCGCAUGAUAGGCCAAUGACAGAUAAUUAUGGCGUUGAACCUUCCAUUCUUGACUUGGCAGACUUAGGCGACCCUGUUCAGGACUUCACAACGUUCCUGGAAAGCGUCGGUUUGGCCUCAGACUGGGAUUCUGGAAUGUUCACAGCAGUUGAAGCGGAGCCACUUCUGCAACCCCCGGUGAUACCCUUACAGCCUGCUAGUCCACCGAGAUUUAAUAGGGACGUUGGGGUAGAGCACCGUCACAACACUGAGGAGGCGACAUCAUUUUCAAAUUUUGGAUCGCGACUACCUUCUUUGCAACCUGAACCACAGGAGCCAGAAGAACGAGGAGGCCUUCCUGAAGAGCUAUCCACGAGGGCACCCUGGGAUGUGUCAACGCAAGACCGCCAGCUUCUGGUGUCCCGAUUAGAGGACUUCUCUCAUGUCCUCCCAAAAGGCUUUACACCCCCUUCAAGGCAUGCCUUGUCUCGAUAUUUUGCCGGUUAUGUUAAUGGACUCAACGAGCAUCUUCCAUUUAUGCAUAUCCCCACACUUUCGAUUUCACGUUCUCCUCCAGAACUCAGCCUUGCUCUGGCAGCAGCAGGCUCACAUUAUCGCUUUGAAAAUACCCGCGGUAUCGAGCUCUUCCAUGCUGCAAAAGCAAUCCUCCUGGAGCGAAUCAGACGUCGCGAUGUUAGAAAACUCCCACCUCAAUGGUUUGUCACUCCGACGUCGAAUUCUGCCGUGCACACGUCCCGCGGAUCUUCUUCCAUAUCUAACCCAAGCACCAGUCCUUUUCAGCCACCAUUCAUCCCAAUGACAGAUAAUGUGGUACAUCCCGGCGAGGAUUCCGAGGCGCAGAUGGAAAUCAUACGCACGUUUCUGCUUCUUACCGUCUUUGCUUCGUGGGAGCGCCACCCGGAAUUGUUAAGAGAGAUUCUAGCUUUGCAAAGCACGCUUGCUCGACUUGUUCGCGACCAUGGACUUACCGACCUUGGUCCUCUUCCUGAAACGGCGCCUUGGGAAGACUGGGCUCGUCAAGAAGCGGAUCGUCGAACCAAACUAAUUGUCUAUUGCUUCUUCAACCUUCACUCUAUAAUGUAUAAUAUUCCGCCGUUAAUCUUGAACUCCGAAUUGAAGCUCAUCAUGCCAUCGCCGGCUGAUGAAUGGAAAGCAGCCACGGCUUCUCACUGGCGCCGGCUGCACCGCUCUCGGGCUGGCACCGAAAUAUCAUUCCAGGAGGCAUUUGCAAGGCUCUUUAUCAAGUCGCCUCAAUCGAAUGGUUAUAACCCAAUUUCACCACUAGGGAAUUAUGUCUUGAUCCAUGCCAUUAUCCAACAGAUAUUUUUCGCAAGACAAUUAUGCUUGUCGGCGCCUCUGAUGCCGGGAACGAGCAUCAGACCAGAAGAUCUUGGCGUUUUAGAAGCUUCGCUAAGUGCGUGGAAAGCCGGGUGGAGACGAACUCCUGAGUCAAGCAUCGAUCCUCAAAAUCCUGCUGGCCCGAUUGCAUUCACCUCCACCGCCCUUCUUGGAUUAGCAUAUAUUAGGCUUCACGUGAAUCUCGGGCCUUGCCGCCGUCUUGUAACCCAAGAUCCGUUGCAAAUAGCCCAGGCACUGAAAAACUCCCCGCCGGUUGGCCGCCAUCCUCGGCUCAUAAUGGCGCUGCUACAUUCCGCUCACGCGCUCUCAAUCCCGGUUCGCUUGGGCAUAAACUUCGUCGCUAAAACACAUUCGUUCUUUUGGAGUAUCCAGCAUUCUAUAUGUAGCCUUGAAUGUGCUUUUUUGCUAAGUCGAUGGCUUCUUUCUAUUCCCGCAACGCAGUCGGAGCAGCCGCUUUCGGACCACGAGAGGAAACUAGUGCUUUGGGUCAAAAGUAUGAUGGACGAGACGGACAUGUCUGUCGAAAUGGAGGCCACGUCUGAGUUGGACUUUUUAAAUGAUCCGGUAAAGGUCAAGCAAUUGAGUCUCACCGUCGUACGCGUCUGGUCUAGAACUUUCAAGGGGAAUACAAGCUGGCCGAUUGUUGACUUGAUUGGCUCGAGUUUGGAGAUUUAUGCUGAUUUGUUGGAAAUGGGGCCGCUUUCCUGA